ACAACCCAUCAAUAAUAACAGUAGAGUAACAAAAUAGUGAUUUUGACCUGUGACAAGCAGAUGAAUAUGGGUAUUAAAUAAAUCGUCGCCGGAUUCACAAUGGUUGUGGCUGAUCAACGGAAGGGGAAGUUGACUAGCGAUCGAAUGCAUGGACAUAUUAACAGCUUUGUGACGUUUGAUUCUUAUGGUCGUAUCCAGAUAGUGGGCUCCACAAUGAGUGAUGAUAAACCAUUUGCUUGUAGAGUGCCUGGAUGUAAUCAGAAAUUUGUAAAUGAAGAUCACUUAGCAGUACAUCGCAAGAAACAUGAUGCUAACCUAUGCUUUUCAGACUUCAAGUCACUGGAUACCCCUGUUAUUGCCGAUCAAACCCCAACUCCUACAAGAUUCUUGAAGAAUCUAGCGGGUGAAGAAGGUCUGUUUAGUGAUCUCCAUCCGAACCCUUUUGAUGCAGAGUUUAGGAAAGCCAGCUCAAAGCUAGUAUCAAAUGACACUGAAGGCGGCGCAGAAACUCCGAAUGAUGUGUCAAAACCCCUCAUUACCCUUGAUGAUGCGGAUUCUCAGGAAGUCUCGGGGAUCACAGAGGAUAUUCUACUCAAUUCAGAAAUCAAAUCAGAAGAGGAUGUACCCAAAACUGUAGGUGAUAUCAGAGAUAGUCCUGAGUUGAAGGUAGAACCUCAACCCCAGGGACCUACUACAGUGGUGGUUGUCUCCCAGCCAGCUCAGCCCCAGACCAUUCAGCUUCAAGGUGUCAGUGACCAACUAUCCCUGAAUGGAAUCCCUAUCAAUGGACCCAUCAUGAUCAAGCUACCUACUGGCCAAACCAUUCCUGUCUUGCCUCCAUCAGUCACCAACCCUCAAGUGCCUAUACCUACAGCGGUGUCUGCCAACCCUAACAAAGAGCAGGAUUCUCUUGGAAACAACAUUGACAUCAAGCCCGCACCAAACAACUCAGUUAAAAUGAAAUUGAAGAGCACAUUACUCUCUAACCAAUCUCAAGGUAAUAUGAAUGUGAUGGCGCAGGCUGUUGAUGUGGUUACCAAGCAACAAGAGGUCAAGUUACUUAAUACUGCAUCAGCAAGUCACCAAGAGUCUUUUUCAUUAAAAAGACAGCGUCCCAAUGAGGAGGAUGAUAGUGAGAUAAAACGACAGAGGUUUCUUGAGAGGAAUCGAGCUGCAGCUAGUCGGUGUCGAAAUAAACGGAAACAGUGGAUAAAUGAUCUAGAAAACAGAGCAGAGGAACUCACACAAACAAAUUCUGUUCUCAAUAAUGAGGUUGGCAAGUUGAGGAACGAGGUGGCACACUUGAAGGAACUCUUGUUAGCACACAAGGAUUGUCCUGUUACAUUGCAGCAGAGGGCAGCAGGGUUAUUUAUGAGAGUUGGUGACGUAUCGGUGCAAGAACAAGAUUCAUCAGGGACCAUCACCAUAACAACCACUACCCUUUCAUGAGAUUGAGUUUGACCUCUCUUCAUUCAUCAAUACGGAGGUCAAAGGUCAUUUGAUGGCUGUCAAUCCCAUUUUAGAAAAUUCUCAAUGGAACCAUCGGGCAGCAUUGGCAGUAGAUCAUCAAACGUAAUUUCCAAUCAACUCUUUCAGCAAGCAAUCAAACUCCUGAAUGUCAUAAUGAUAUAGGUAUGCAGAUUGUUGGGCAUAUCAAUGUGUGUGUGAGAGAUGUUAUCUGUGGCAGCCCAAGUUGUUUUGUCUCCAGUUGCCAUAAGGGUGCCGGACGCUUGUUUCUCUGCCAAUUGAUCUAUUCUUAUGAACAUAGAGAAGAGAUAUCUCAAGAACAAAUAAACUGAUUGUCAGGAAACUUUAAAGAGUCAGAUGCAAUGUGGAUGUCCCAUAGGCUAAUUAAUAUUUUGCUGCCAUGAGGUAAAUGUUGUGAAAAGAGAUUGUCAAUACAAUAUCCUACACCCAAAGCUCUGAUUUUGAUGAACAUCAUAGCGCAAUCCAGUAAUGGUUUCUUACAAAAGUAGAAGAUUUUAAGGUAAUGAGGUUAAAGAUUCAAGGCUCACUGGUUACCUGUUCAAAUGGUCUGUAAAUAAGAUAGCAAUAGAACCAGUGGAACAAUAGAUACUUUAGGAAGGUCUAAUCUACAUUGGCUACUUCAUGAGAUAGAGGAUCAAUGGUCAGAUUUACAGACUGCAAUGAAUCUAUCUUAUAUCUUUUUUUUCUUCUGUAAACUAUGGAUUGUUUAUAGAUACAUCAACUUUGAAUUUGGACCCAUGUAAAUGUAUGUUUAGGGUAGUUAAUAUGAAGAAAGCAUUCAAAAAAAGUUAUCGAGGUCAAAGGUCACAUGUAUGUGUGGAAGGUAUUUUGUAUACUUGGCUACAUCAAUUUGGUUAAAUGUAAAAUUGUGUAGGCACCUUCAAGCAGGUCUCAAUGAAUCUGAAAUUUUAGUUGUCCUCAACUCGUCUCUAUACCACCUCUGAAUUAGUGUUAUGUAUACUUCCCCUUUCAUUGAAGACAUCUUGAUUUAAUUACAGUUGCAAACUUAAAGAUGCUCACUUAAUAAUUGGUGAUUGAUUAAUAUACAAAAAAUCACCAUUUGAAAGUGAUUACAAUUUGCUUUAUUUUUCGAACAUUUUGAAUUGAUAAAUGUCUAACAGUAGCUUAAAAUGCAUCUGAAGAACAAGCUGACGAAAUGGUUCCAGAAAGUGAUGUGUCCUUUAGGAACUCUAAUUUUGAUUUUUAAUCAGGAAACAUUAAAAACUGAACAAAUUACUUGAAUGUCACAAUAUAAAUAAAUUUAGUUGGACUAUCAACAAUUUGUAUGACAUGACCACUUAUAUUAUAGACCUUAUGAGUGUAAACACCAUGGCGCCUUAUUUGAAUCACACUGUCAUUGAAAUAUGAAAUCUUCCUGGUAUGAAGGUUUUUUUUACUUGAGCACAGGUGUUUUGUUUGCCUUUUUUGCAUUUUAAGAUGAAUAAUAGAUUUGUGUUUUCAUUUCACCAUGAUAUCUAAUUCAGUUUCAAGAACAUUAGAGCUCAUUUCCAGUUUCAAUAGGACUUUUAUAUAUUUCUUUUGUUGUUGGCAGUUUCAGUUCCUGCCAGGCAUUGGUGAGACAAAGGUAUAACUAUGGUGCUUUGGAAAUGUCUCAUGAACAUAGAACCAAUGAGAGGCAAUGUUAAUUACAUAAAAGCCUUUCAUACCACCUGCAGAUACUGUAAAGCCAACGAAAAAUCUAUAAUGACUCCUGCAUGGAAAAAAAAAAUAUCACAUAGCAUUGAACGGACUAGCAGCGUUCAUAGGUCAUCAACAAUGAUAAUUGCUGCCAUUAACUCAAAAUGACUGGAAAUCAAGAUAUGGUAUGUAUCAUAUUAUCUCACACAUGUUUAUUUAUAUGUUAGCAAGACGGUACUUCCAUCGGUUUCAUAUGACUAAUUUUUGUGUGGGUUACCAAAACUGGAAAUGAGCUUUAAAAAAAAUAAAUUGCCAUUCCAAAUUUCAGCAAAGAUUAUAGACUGUAUGAUCUGUACACUUCAGAGCAGCCUAAUUCCUAAAGCAGACUUUUGUUUGUAGAUGUUUUUGAACUUCUGUUGUCCAUUUGAUAAUGCUUUAUGAUUAUACAUGUCAUAAAUGUUAUGAUAACAUCCAUGAAUCCUUGAAAUUGAUUGGCUGCCAAGCCAUUACCAUGGAAACAACUAAAAUUGUAGUCAUUUACUAAAUGGAACACAAGGUGUUGAUCUUAGCACCAUCAUUUAUUUAUCCAGUAAAAUCCUUAAUGUGGAUUAGUUUGGGUGUACUAUUCCUAUAACUGUCAUUGAAUGAUCAUCAUAAUUCAACAAAAAGGAAAAUUGAUACUGUAAUCUCAUUUAGUUCAAAAUAGCGAAUACACAUCUUGGGAGGAAAUCUAACAUUUUUUUUUUAAAUGUCAGAAGUAUUUUUAUCAUAAUUCGAGUUUUAGUGCUGAAGUUUAAAAUAAUGCAGAUUUUUAUUUUUUAACUUUUGGAGUGGGGAAGACUCUGAAGUGUAUCUCCUAAAAAUAUUUGUAGUUUUUUUUCAAUCAUUUGGAAUUCUGAAACAAGAUUGAAUAGGCUGCUUUCAAGUUUAUGGUCCAAUGAUUUCGAUACGGUGCACUAAAACCAUCUUUACUACAUUAUGUUGUUGAGUAGAUACAGUAUGUCAUUUUGAUUUAUUUAUUCAUUGUUUCUUACUUUCUUCAUUCAUUACAAAAGACUUCUUAUGCAUCUGUAUAUAUUGCUUUGUAUGAUGUUCUUUCACAGUGUACUAUAUGUAAAUAUUCAUGUAUAUAAUUGUAUAUCGCAAAGCUUGUAUUUUAUCACUCUUAUUCCUGUACAGUAGAUUAUACAGUUGUCAUUUACAUCAUUGCAUUUAUAUCAUUAUUAUUUCAUAGCAAUGAAAUGAUCAUUGUACUCUGUAAUGUUACUUUUUAAGGGUAUAUUUGAAAGGAAUUUGUGACACAAUCAUCCAGAAUUGCCAAAACUUGCUAAUAGGAUUUUUUUUAAAUUUAUGUUGAAAAGUAGAUGUUGUAUUUUGAAUGAUAAAAUGAUUUUUGUAUUGUCAAAUUAUCUCUCAAAAAGCCUGAUGAACAGUCUAUUACUUUUUAAAUUUCAACUAGAUAUCAUCUGAAUUCUAUUUGGUAUUCACCUAAAAGUGAUUGUCAUUUUGUUGGUGCACAGACAGGUCUUUCACAUGAAUUUAUUUCUCUUUUGUAAUGUACUUCCUAAUGUUUUAAUGUCUAUAACCCCUUUUCUUAAAUUCUAAUGAGCUCAUUAGAUAUUGCAAUAUUAAUUUUUUUUAUUUGAGAGUGAAUUUUGCAUUGAGAUCAUGCUUAGUAAAUGCAGUUUUGUCAUCAAUGAAAUUAUGCUUUAAUAGCUAUACAGGUGGAUCUACCUAUUCCUGUUAAAUCUCUUCAGGCAAAAUAUACCCUUUUACUUAGAGGAGAAAUUCAAUUAAGAAGAAUAAAAAGGUAAUAUUGUUAUAACAAAUGUUAUUUACAUAAUCUGUGCCCUGUAAUAUCACUAUUAUGAUAUAGCCUAUCGAGAAUAUUUUUGCAUUUAGUUUGUUCAGACUAGCUAGGAACCAGUCAGAAUUGCUCUUUCAAAGGAGAGAUUUAUCACUAACUAUUGUGUUGCAGGGCCUAGGUAUGUGUUUCAUAAAGGUGUUGUCUUUUACAAGCGAUUUACACACAUCUAACUACCCUUUCUUGGGAUUAUAAACACUGUUGGAACUUUGAUAAGGUUAUGUGUAACUAAAGAAAAGCUUUAUGAACUGGACCCCACUGGUCUGUGAAAUUUCUUUGAUGAAGGUCAGAAUGCAUCUGUCAAAUAAUGUCCCAAAAUAUCUUGAACUGAAUUGAGUGAAGUUGCAUUUUCAUAAAGUCAUUGAAAAAUUAAAUAUAUCCUGACAGAAUACAUUAAAAGCCAUUGUUGGACAAUUUAUCCCUCAUUUCCAUCCAACCAGGAUGUGCAUGUGUAAGAAUGAAUGAAAAAUUAAAAUGUCAUUUUAUUUUGUAUACAUUCAACCCCUCAUUAAGUUGUAUUUUGUAUGAAAUACAUCUGCGUUAAAAUAUUCAACCUCC